GCAAGGGUGAAGACUCGAAUCUGACUUGCCUGCUACUGCACACAGCCUCAGCAGCAGCGAUGUUAGCCGGGCGGUGAGACACAUGUCACAACACAACAGUCUGUGAGACGAAUAACUUUAACGUUGGGGCCGAGAGAGGACGCUUAAGCAAAAUGUCUCGCCACAGAAAUGUUCGGGGUUACAACUACGACGAAGACUUUGAUGAUGAUGACAUGUAUGGACAGUCCGUGGAAGAUGACUGCUGUAUAUCACCAGCCACAGCGAAUCAGUUCAUCUACUCACGUCAAGGGAAGCAAGCACCAAAAGAGGAGCCAUUAGAGGAGGAAGAAUACGAAGAUGAGGAUGUUCCUAUGUCUCCUACUGUCAACCACAACCUUGACCCUCUUGAUCAAGCCAAGUUGUAUUCCUGUCUGGACCAAAUGCGGACUGUGCUGGGGGAUGCAGUUCCAGAUUCUGUCCUUAAUCAGGCUGCGAUCAGAUGUGGAUUCGACCCACAGAAGGCACUGGAUGCCGUACUGUCUGAAGACACUAAAACAGCCCCAGUUGCCAGAAGUACAACUGAAGAGAUGGCUUCGGUCGUGAAAGUUAGCCAGGAGAAAGCACCGCUUCCACAAAGAACCAAACAGGAGGCUGAGAAAGGAGCCUGCUUGGCUGCUUCUCACACAGACAUUACGUCCAAAGCACAUAAACCUGAGGCAGAAGGACACAAAUCUAAAGGCAGAGAUGCAUCCCACAAUAAACUGGACUCUGAAGUGGUACCCAAAGUGGCACGAAUGACUGUCUCUGGCAAGAAGCAGACAAUGGGCUUUGACGUCCCCAGCUCAGGGGAGAACGGCGUUGCUGCCGCUUCGGCACGCCGAGGUGGCAGCCCCGAAAAUGCCGCCUCGGCGCCUGCCACGGAGGCCCCCUCCAAACGUCCCGAGACGCCAUCCAAAGGGUCAAACGGAGAAGAGGCGUCGGCGGCGGCUCCCACCCCGGGACGCUCCUCCGGGAAGGCGAGGCAGGCGAUCAAUAUCAAGGCCGAGCUGGAGAAGAGGCAGGGGGGCAAACCUCUGUUAAACUUGGUAGUGAUAGGCCAUGUCGAUGCAGGUAAGAGCACACUUAUGGGCCACCUGCUUUAUCUGCUCGGCAACGUUAACAAGCGCACCAUGCACAAGUAUGAGCAGGAGUCGAAGAAGGCGGGAAAAGCCUCCUUUGCCUAUGCUUGGGUCCUGGAUGAGACUGGCGAGGAGAGAGACAGAGGUGUGACAAUGGAUGUGGGCAUGACUAAGUUUGAGACAAACUCUAAAGUGGUGACUCUGAUGGAUGCCCCGGGACACAAAGACUUCAUUCCCAACAUGAUCACAGGAGCUGCACAGGCCGAUGUGGCCGUGCUCGUGGUGGAUGCCAGCAGAGGGGAGUUCGAGGCGGGCUUCGAAGCAGGCGGUCAGACCAGAGAGCAUGCCUUGCUGGUGCGUUCGCUUGGUGUGACUCAGCUGGCCGUAGCCGUCAACAAGAUGGACCAGGUAAACUGGCAGCAAGAGCGUUUUCAAGAAAUCAUCUCAAAACUCGGACAUUUUCUCAAGCAGGCUGGAUUCAAGGACUCUGACGUUUUCUACAUCCCCACCAGCGGCCUGUCAGGUGAAAACCUCACCACCAAGAGCACGGUGUCACAGCUCACCUCUUGGUACUCUGGGUUCAGCCUGCUGGAGCAGAUUGAUGCAUUUAAAGCUCCUAAGAGGUCCGUGGACAAACCUUUCAGACUGUGUGUCUCGGAUGUGUUCAAAGACCAGGGUUCAGGCUUCUGUGUCACAGGGAAGAUUGAGGCUGGUUAUAUUCAGACAGGAGAAAAAAUACUAGCAAUGCCUCCCAAUGAAACCUGCACUGUUAAAGGGAUAACUCUACAUGAUGAGGCUUUGGACUGGGCUGCAGCUGGAGACCACGUCAACCUGACCGUCACCGGCAUGGACAUAAUCAAGAUCAAUGUUGGCUGUGUGUUCUGUGAUCCCAAGGAGCCAAUUCGCGCUUGCACCCGAUUCAAAGCUCGAAUCCUCCUCUUCAACAUUGAGAUCCCCAUCACGCAAGGCUUCCCUGUUUUGCUGCAUUACCAGACAGUCAGCGAGCCGGCAACCAUUAAGAAACUAAUUAGCGUUCUGCACAAAAGCAGCGGCGAGGUCCUCAAGAAGAAGCCAAAGUGUUUGAGUAAAGGCAUGAAUGCGGUUGUGGAGAUCCAGACUCAGAGGCCCGUGUCGUUAGAGCUGUACAAGGACUACAAGGAACUGGGCCGCUUCAUGCUGCGAUACGUCGGCUCCACCAUCGCCGCGGGGGUUGUCACUGAGAUCAAAGCGUGAGCACCAUUUCCGUCGAUGCAGAGGCAGCCACGAGCUUUCUCUGGAGACUGCAUGCAGCCAGAGACAAAGUGCAAUUCCUCAUGGAGUCAGAGCCUCACACUCGUCCAUCCUAUAGUUUUUCUGUCUGGUGCAGCAGCCGCUUCGCCUGACCCGCUCUGAUCAACACUUGCUGCACAGAUACCAACCACGUGGCAACGCAAGGAGCUCAGAAUGCAUGCACCAGUUCAUCCUGACCCUGAGCAGCCUCCUCUGUUAAACUACUUCACACUUCCCCCUCGUGUCUGAACAUCUGUUCCUCUGAAAUCUCUCUUUGAUCAAGCCAAAUCGAUAACCAUCAGACUCGAAAGACGAUCCCACCGUGCUGAGGUCUCCACGGUGAUUCAUUUCACUGCGUUCUUCUUGAGCGAGCUACGGCUGAUCGUAAAGUCUUGGCUGAAACUGAUGACGCUGCUUUAUUUGAGCGGUGACGGUCCAGAUGUAGAGGUUAAAACGAGGAUCUCUUAAUUAAAACUAAAUCCGAUGAGAAGGUGUUAACACACGUGGGACUUAAUGGUUAAAGGUUUUUAUUUUUUUAUUCAUUUAAAAUUACACAGACAGUGGAAAUGAGGUUUAGAACAACAUUGAGAUGUUUAUCUCUAACAAAGGCGGAGUAGAUAAUGAACAAAACGAAAAAUUCUUCUUCCAUCUGGAGAAAGACGAGACUUCUCAUUGACGCUAACAAGUGAUAAUUAAAAUGCUUCUACGACGGAGGUUUUCAGUAAAGCAGUGCUAUUUAACGGUU